AUGGCUCGUUACGCGUUCGUUACGUUCGUUUUGUUCUUUGUCACGGUGGUGCCACGGCACCGGCGUGACGCGGCCGGCCAGUCGAACGACUUCUCCGCGUCGUACUACUUAAACGUGGCCGACGGGUUUAAAGCAGCGGCUGCCGGUGGGUUCGAUGCGGCGGCCGCGUUGGCGACCAACGACAGUUCGGCGGCCACUAACGGUACCGCCGGCGCCGUGUACAGGUUGCCGGGCGGCGUGACGCCCGUGUCGUACACUUUGCGUGUGGACACCGACUUGGACAGGCUUUCGUACUCGGGCAGCGUGGAGAUCGCGAUCGUCGCGUCUGUGUCGCCCAAGUUGUGCCGGAUCGUGCUCAACGCCAAAGACGUCAGGGUGACGGGCGUCCGGGUGUCCGAUUUGAACACGGGUGAUCCGCUGCCUGUCAUCGACUGGCAACUUGUUGACGGCGACGAGCAGCUGACCGUCAUGGUGGGUGGUUGGUGCCUGAUACCCACUCGAUACUACGUGGUCGCCGUCGACUUUCAGGCGCCGCUUCGGGAUGACAUGUCCGGCUACUACAAAAGCUCAUACCGAGAGGGAAACAUCACCAAAUGGUUGGCUGUGACAAAAUUUGAACCCACUCACGCAAGAAAAGCAUUUCCUUGUUUCGAUGAACCCGCGCUCAAAGCACCGUUCACGGUGUCCAUCAAAAGGCGGUUUGAUCAAAUAUCUUUGUCCAAUAUGCCGUUGUCGAAUUCCUCCAAAAUACAGCAUACGGACAUGUUCUGGGAUCACUACCAGGAGACUCCUCCGAUGUCCACGUACUUGGUGGCGUUUUUCGUGGGUGAAUUUUACGCCAUGAGAACGCGUAACAUCGGGAUAUAUACGCAUAAGAGUUACGUGAAGCAGGCUGAGUAUAUUGCGGACGAAUCGCCGAAACUGCUCAAAGCAAUGGAGGAGUUCACCGGAGUGGAUUACACGUUGCCCAAACUGGAUUUGCUAGCGAUUCCGGAUUUCGCGGCCGGCGCGAUGGAGAAUUGGGGCUUGAACACGUACAGGGAGAGACUGUUACUGUUGUCGGAAAAUUCCAGAACGAAAAUAAAAGAGUUUGUGACGACAGUCGUGCAACAUGAACUCUCUCAUCAAUGGUUCGGAGACCUGGUUACUUGCGCGUGGUGGGAUUAUUUGUGGCUGAACGAGGGUUUCGCAACGUUUUUCGAAUAUUUUGCAACGAAAAUGGUUGAACCAGACUGGCGCCUAGAGGACGUGUUUGUGUACGAAGUGCAUCAAUUGGCUUUGGACGCGGACCAAAGCCCGAUGCAUGCCAUAUCGGGAUCCGUUGAGACCCCAGAACAGAUCCAGAGUAUGUUCGACGAUAUAUCCUACAGCAAAGCAGGGGCGGUGCUCCGGAUGUUACAGUACGUGGUGACCGAGGACAAUUUCAAAAGGGCGUUGAACCUGUAUCUGACGAAGAACGAGUUCAAAGCGGCUACUCCCGAAGAGCUGUGGGACGCGAUCGAAAACGUUCUCUACGACGCCGAAUACGAUUUAGGGGGAAAUGUAACCGUCACCGAAUUCAUGAGAUCUUGGACGGAACAGGCCGGUUACCCAUUGGUCGAAGUCGUCAAGGAAAAUGACGCUUUCGUCAUAACUCAGAAACGGUUUUUGGUUCACGGUUCGAAUGAUUCUACCGAUGACGAUGUGACGAAAUGGAUUAUCGGUCUGACUUACACGACGCAAAACCGGAAGGAUUUCAACGGAGUUUUGCCCAAGAUUUGGCUGUUAGAAAACAAGACCAUUUUGACGGAUCAAGAAGGAACCGGAUGGUAUAUUUUCAAUUUACAGUCAGUCGGAUUUUUUAGAGUUAAUUACGAGGAAGAAAAUUGGAACGCCUUAAUUGGUCAACUGAAUAACGAUUGCAAGGAAAUACACGUGCUCAACCGGGCUCAGUUGAUUGACGACGCGUUUAAUUUGGCCAAGGCAAACCAAGUGGAUUAUGCACUAGUUUUGAGAUUGUCAGAAUAUCUGAAAAAUGAAGACGAUCCGAUCCCAUGGUAUUCAGUUCAAAAUGGAUUCGCGUAUUUGAUGAACCGUAUGCGACGUUGUCCGAAUGGUUACAAGAAACUGAAAGCUUACGUUGGAUACUUGGCUGGGUUGAUAUACGCUAAAACCGAAGAUCUCGUCGUGAACCACAACAGCACAGACCAUACCGUCAACACGGGCUGGAACGCGUUCUCUAGUUGGGCGUGUAGACUGGACAACGAACCGUGCACGAAAUCGGCUUUGUCUUAUUUCCGGAAAUGGCGUAGGGGCAAAAAUAUACCAUCCGAUAUCAGGGACGCAGCGUUUUGCGUCGGCGUGAAACAUGGUGAUUUAGAAGUGUGGAAUAGCGUCCUCGAAGUGUACGUCCGAUCCGAGUCGGCGUCCGAUCGACAGUCCGCUCAGUUGGCUUUGGCGUGUUCUAAAGAUCAGAUUCAACUGUCAAAGUAUUUAGAUUUCAUGUUUGAAGGGUACAACGGUCCAAUUCUGCCACAAGACUUCAGAGUUAUAUACCGCACGUUGGCAUCGACACCACAGGGUAUCAGCGCAUUGAUCGAGUUCUUAACCACCAAACUCGAUCGGAUUGUAAACGAAUUAAUCAACGGGGAACAAGUAGCGACGUCUAUAUACUCGCUGUUGGCUUCUAGAGUGGCUGGUGACGAAGAAAUACAAAAGAUUGACAACCUGAGGAAAAACCCAUCGGUACCGGAACGUCUCCGGCGGAAAUUCGACGCGUCGUACCGCAGCAGAGUGUAUGGAAAUCUAGCGUGGUUCACGGCUCACCAUUCGACAAUCGGUGAAUGGUCCUCGGCUGCUGUGCUCAGACUCGGAUUGUCAGAGAACCCAGGCAUCCAUCAUUCCACCGGAAACUCCACCGGCCGUGACCCAUCCGAAACGUGGUCAAAUGACACGUCCAGCGCCACCAGUUGGUCGCUUGAGGUGUCAGCAUUCACUUGGGUCUUGGCGGCGCUGUGUCUGUGCCCCACUCAACACCUGUCGUUGUUGUUGUCACAGUGA